AUGCUUAAAGCUAAUCAGCGCCGGUACUCGACCUCGACAUCCUCCCUCGCGAACAGUGCCGGCAGCACAUCCCCAGCUUCAAUGCUAGGGGCGUUCACGAACGAGCUGGACAGGAUAGCACCGAGAUUUCACAUUCAAGGGUCACAGAUAAACAUCCUACGGUCGCCGUCAGAGUUCUACCAGACGCUGAAGGGCAAGAUACUGGGCGCUGAGAAUCGGAUAUUUCUGUCUACUUUGUACAUAGGAAAAACGGAACAUGAGCUUAUUUUUACGUUGCAGCAAGCUUUACGGGCAAAGCCCAAGUUGAAACUCAGUAUUUUGACAGAUGCUCUCCGGGGAACGAGAGAGUCUCCCGAUGCAUCCUGCGCGUCUUUACUGGCCCCGUUGGUGUCUGAAUUCGGGGCAGACAGGGUCGAAAUCCGCAUGUACCAUACCCCCAACCUGACUGGGCUUCGAAAGAAGUAUAUUCCCAAGCGGAUCAACGAGGGUUGGGGAUUGCAGCAUAUGAAACUGUAUGGAGUAGAUGAUGAGAUUAUCAUCUCGGGCGCGAACCUGUCUAGUGACUACUUCACAGACCGUCAAGAUAGAUAUCACAUUUUCUCGUCUCGAGAGAUCACAGAAUAUUUCUCCAAGAUCCACAAUGCCGUCGCAAACAUCAGCUUCCUCGUCACUCCGGACCCUCAGCUGCCAGCUGGCUACACGCUCGAAUGGCCAACUUCAAAUCUCGCUCCGUCGCCUAUCGACGCCCCUGCAAGAUACAUCUCCCAAGCCUCCACUCUCCUAACCUCACUCAUCAAACCUUCAGCUACUGCACAGAGCAAGACACCAGACCGAACGCUCAACACAACAGUCUAUCCCGUCUCUCAGUUCACCCCUCUCCUCGCGCCCGACACGUCAACCGAACUCCCAGCCAUAACAGCCAUCCUUAGGACUCUCUCGGCCCCUCCAUUCGGCAACUCUUCCUGGACAUUCACCGCCGGCUACUUCAACCCGCACCCCUCGCUAACCAGCCUCCUCCUCAAGACCGCAUCGAGGGACAACACCGUGAUCACCGCCUCUCCGUGGGCCAACGGCUUCUACGGCUCCAAAGGCGUUUCCGGCCUGCUCCCAGCCGCCUACACGCUCCUCUCCCGCCGCUUCCUCGAGGCGGCCCAGAAAUCGGGACGUGGGAACGACAUCACGCUGAAGGAAUGGCGCCACGGCACCGUAGGCGAGACGGGCGGCUGGACGUACCACGCCAAAGGUCUCUGGGUCAGCUUGGCCGGCGAGAGGGAUCCAAGCAUCAGCGUCGUCGGGAGCAGUAACUACACAAAGAGGAGCUACGGGCUGGAUCUGGAAGUCGGAACCGUGAUCCUCACGAGCGACGACCGUCUGAAGGCGCGGCUGGGCGAGGAGAGGGAUGGGCUAGGGAGGUUUGCGGGCAGGGUGGGGAUGGACGAGUUCACCAGUACGGAGAGGAGGGUGGGGAUCAAGGUCAGGGUUGCGAUGUGGAUCGUAGCCUUGGUUGGGGGGGCGCUGUAA